CAAAUACACAGGAAACCAUGAGUUGUACAUAGUAAAAGAAAAAGGAAUUGUUUCUGGCCCUCUUGCAUGAGCUUGCCCACCAUGCUGAACCAUAGCUGGAAUGUUCACUGACAGCAACAAGCCUGACCAGGAGGUGUGUGUAACACAGGAUUACUUGAAGAACCAGUGAAGAACAUUUCCAAGGACUAAACGAGACUUGUUGACUCUUACCAGCCCAUCACCAGAAAUAAACUAAUACAUGUGCAUGGGAUUUUUCACUCAUGCAAAAUUUACUCACAUCAUUCAAUAAGGGCUUUGAGCUACCCUAAACGGCCUCAACACUGCUGACCAUGAUCAGCCCAGCCUGGAGCAUCUUCCUCAUCGGAACGGAAAUUGGGCUGUUCCUUCAGAUGGUUCCUCUAUCAGCAAUGGCUAAAUCCUGUCCAUCUGUGUGUCGCUGUGAUGCGGGUUUCAUUUACUGCAACGAUCGCUUCCUGACAUCCAUUCCAAUGGGAAUACCUGAGGAUGCUACAACACUCUACCUUCAGAACAACCAAAUCAAUAAUGCUGGGAUCCCCUCCGACUUGAAAAAAUUGGUGAGAGUUGAGAGAAUAUACCUGUACCGCAACAGUUUAGAUGAAUUUCCUACCAACCUCCCCAAGUACGUGAAAGAACUACACUUGCAAGAAAAUAACAUACGGACCAUCACUUACGAUUCACUUUCGAAAAUUCCUUAUCUGGAAGAAUUGCAUUUAGAUGACAAUUCUGUCUCUGCUGUAAGCAUUGAGGAGGGAGCCUUCCGGGACAGUAACUUUCUGCGGCUGCUUUUCCUGUCUCGGAAUCAUCUCAGCACCAUCCCUUGGGGUUUGCCCAGAACAAUAGAAGAGCUACGCUUGGAUGAUAACCGCAUCUCCACAAUUUCAUCCCCAUCUCUUCAAGGGCUCACGAGCCUAAAACGUUUAAUCUUAGAUGGAAACCUGCUGACCAACCACGGUUUAAGUGACAAAGUUUUCUUCAACCUCGUCAACUUAACGGAAUUGUCCCUGGUAAGAAAUUCCCUGACUGCUGCACCAAUUAACCUUCCUGGCACAAACCUAAGGAAACUUCAUCUCCAAGAGAACCACAUCAACCGGGUUCCCCCCAAGUCUUUCUCUGAACUAAGGCAGCUGUACCGACUUGAUAUGUCCAACAAUAACUUAAGCAGUUUGCCCAAGGGUGUCUUUGAUGAUCUGGACAAUAUAACUCAGCUGAUUCUUCGCAAUAAUCCUUGGUAUUGUGGGUGCAAGAUGAAAUGGGUACGUGACUGGUUGCAGGCACUACCUGUGAAGGUCAAUGUGCGUGGGCUCAUGUGUCAGGCCCCAGAAAAAGUUAGGGGAAUGGCUAUCAAGGACCUCAAUGCAGAACUGUUUGAUUGCAAGGACAGCACUGCUAUAAGCACCAUUCAGACAACAACCGCCACCCCCACUACAGUCUAUCCUGCCCAGGGACAAUGGCCAACUGCAGUGACCAAGCCACCCGACCGAGUGAAUCCACAGUUGAUGAACAACCAGCGAACCACAGAAAGUCCCUCCAGGAAAAUGGUCAUAAUUACUGUCAAAUCUGCUACGUCCGACACUAUUCAUAUCGCGUGGAAACUUGUCCUGCCUAUGACUGCGUUAAGGCUCAGCUGGCUCAAGUUGGGCCACAGCUCAACAUUUGGAUCUAUAACGGAGACCAUUGUCACAGGGGACCGCAGUGAGUAUCUGGUCACGGCCCUGGAGCCUGACUCGCCCUAUCGGAUCUGCAUGGUUCCCAUGGAAACCAGUAACUUCUACCUGUUUGAUGAAAGUCCAGUGUGCAUCGAGGCCCAAACGGCGCCCCUGCACAUGUAUAACCCCACAACCACUCUGAAUCGAGAGCAAGAGCAAGAACCUUACAAAAACCCUACUUGGCCACUGGCUGCCAUCAUUGGUGGGGCAGUGGCCCUGGUGACCAUCGCCCUGCUGGCUCUAGUGUGCUGGUACGUCCAUAGGCAUGGCUCGCUUUUCUCCAGGAACUGUGCCUACAGCAAAGGGAGGAGAAGAAAGGAUGACUAUGCAGAGGCAGGAACUAAGAAGGACAACUCCAUCUUGGAGAUCAGGGAGACAUCUUUCCAGAUGUUACCCAUCAGCGGUGAGCCCAUCUCCAAGGAGGAGUUCGUAAUACACACCAUAUUCCCUCCUAAUGGGAUGAGUCUGUAUAAAAACAAUCACAGCGAGAGCAGUAGUAACCGGAGCUACGGAGACUACAGGGACAGUGGGAUUCCAGACUCUGACCACUCACACUCAUGACGCUGCAGGACUCUCCGUGGACUGCGUUGGUUUUUAUCAACCUCCGGGAGGUGAUAGUAGGCACCCCGUUCUACUGCAAAACACUGGAAAAGGAGACUAAAUAAGCAAUGUACUGUACAUUUGCCAUAUAAUUUAUAUUUAAAGAACUUUUUAUUAAAAGUUUCAAAUUUCAGGUUACUGCUGCGAUUGAUGUAGUGGAGGUGCCUGAACACAAUUCUAUAUUUUAGUAUUUUUUAGUAAUUUGUACUGUAUUUUCCUUGCAAAUAUUGAAGUUCUAAAUCAUUUACUUUGUGUUCUACUGAGUAAGAUGACUUGUUGACUGUGAAAGUGAAUUUUCUUGCUAUGUUGAACAAUCAGGACUGCAUUCACAUGAGAUCCUUGUAGUAUAAGCACAGGCCAUUUUUCACUUUGGUAUUAAUAAAAUGUAAAAAUAAAGAACUGGCUGGAUGACAAAAAUUAAAAUUCAAAAAGUAGCUGAAAUAAUGUUCUAAUUAUUAAAUUUUUAUUAUCCCAGUGGUAUUCAGUACAUCAAAAUAUGUGAAGUAAUGGGCAAUAUCAAACUUGCUGCAUAGAUCCAUUUUUGCUUUUAGCAAGAUAGACCUACUAAAAGUAAGCAUAUAUUCUAAAUUAAAUAUAUUAACUGGCAAAAAAGGAAUGUGACGUCUGGUUAAAACCGAGGCUUCAUGAAAUCAAUAAUGUUAGUGGACUUCCAAGUCAGGGAACAAACUUUUUAAGUGUGUACCUUGAAAAACAUGGAAAUUUAAAAUGAUGUCCUAUGAUGAACACAAAUAGCAGAAUUGCAGUUUGCCUAUACCAUCCUCGAUUCUUAAGAAGCAAACUCUUAUUGAUAAUGUUUAUGAUUUUGUUCAGAAAGGAAUCAAAGCAAAACCUUAUACACAUAAAAGCUAGCAUUACCAUAAGAAAUUCCCCUCAACAGUUCAGAGAAAGUAGUACUUUACUCUACAUAGGUGAGAAUUAGACACAAAAUAGUAGAUAUCAAAUUUAAAUCUGACUUAUGACAUGCUUUGACACUGUACAUAAUUGUUAGGUUUACCUUGAUAAUUAUCAGAAUACUGCCCAUUACUGUCACAAUUUUCUUAAAAUUAAAUAAUGAACCUGUAAUGUGAUGUUUCUUUUUAGCUUCCAACUGAAUUGUAAACAAUUACUUGUUUAAAAACCACUUCACUUUUCUGUUGCCAUUAUUUUUUCCAACAAAAAACCAAAGUGCAUUGUACGCCCUUUGGCCAGUCUUGUAUGUGCCUUGAUCCAACGCUAUAUGUAUUCAGCUUUUAAAACUCAACAGACAAAUUUUUCAUAAUACCUUAAAUAUGAAAAAUUGUGGUCUUAUUGCUGAAUAAAACAAAAAAGUACAAAAUAAUUGUGCUUGCUUGUUCAGGAUUAUGUUACUAUCACUAAAGUAGCAAAUAGCCCAGCACAUUAGUCCUAAGCACCCCCAUGUAUUUUUCUAGGCAUAAAAAUAAAAGUUGGCUACAAAUAAAACAAACGAAAAAAGGA